AAAUAAAAAACACAAAGGUCAUCUGCAAAUCGAGGCAAGUGUGCGAGGGACAGGGAAGCUGCGCGAAGUCUGCCUGCUUUUGGCUCGAUUUCUUCCGUUCUUCUUCAUUUUUCCGUCUAUUACUGAUUUAGUUCAGUAUCUACCAUGCCACGGAGAUCCCAGUCUACAGACCGCUCAGCGGCCCCCGUUGGUCGUCGUAGCGCCAGGCUGGCCACCCAACCCAAGGUGGACAUGUCAGAGGUCCCAACUCGCGGCCGAAGGUCGUCCCCACCUCCUCCCAAGAAGACGAGCCCCGGCAAAACGAGAGGUCGACCCAGGUCGCAACCUGCGGCUGCGCCAGAGAAGAAGACGACAGGAAGGGGGCGUAAGCGAAAAGCAGGAGAACAACCUGAGGAAGAACCAGAAACAAAGGCAUCCAAAGGUGAUGAAGCUGAUGGGGAUGAUGCUGAGAUGACGGAGGCACCUAAAGAGGUUGAGGAGAAGGAAGAAGAGAAGGAAACGGAGCAAGAGAAAGAGGAAGAGGAGGCUCCAUCGGAGGAGACGGCUGCUCCAGAAGAACAGAAGGAAGAGGAGAAGAUGGAAGAUGGUGUUGUCGGACCUCAGGGGGAUGCAGAAAGAGAAGAAGCAGUUCCUCAGGAAGAAGAGAGUGUAGAUAUGGCGCCACCAACACCUCCAAAUGAAACAGCUCCAGAAGCAGUCGCAGAACCACCAGUAGAAAUGGAAGAGCCGGUAGAAAAGGCUGUAGAGCCGCCUGUAGAACCAGCUUCGGAAGCAGUGGAACCAGAGCAGGUAGAAGAAGCUGUAGAACCAGCUGUGGAAUCAGAGCCUACACGAGAAGAUGUCCCAGAGGUUGUUCAAGAGGUUGCUUCAGAAGAUAUUCCUUCAGAAGAUGUUCCUGAUGUUGUGCCAGAGGUUGUUCCCAGUGUUGCUCCAGAAGUUGUUCCCGAUGUUGCACCAGAGGCUGCAGUAGAAUCGACACUUGUUGAGCCAGUAGAACCUGUUUCGGUUGAGCAACCAGUGCAGGGGGGUGAGGAGAGGUUAGAAGCCGUUACCGAGGUUGAUUCCCAGGUGUCGUUACCAGAGAUGUCUCAGCCAGUUGAAGAAGUAGCGCAAGUCUCAAUGCCACAGGAGCAAGCGGUACCUGCUCCUGAAGCCACAGUCCAAGAAUCUGAAAUAGCCCCAAAUGCCCCCGAAUCCAUGCAAUCUGAAAUACCUAAUAUUGCUUCACAAAGAGACUCUUAUCCAGAGGCCCAAGUUGCUACCCUUGGGCAGCUUACAGAAUCUUUGAUUCCUGAGCCUGAGGCUCCCUCUAUGGACGUUGACGAAAUUGCUAUGGAAGUUCAGGACAGUGUUGUUGAAAACCGUGGGGCAUUGGAGCAGGUACCUACUGCUCCUGAAUCUGAGUUCCAGGCUCCUUGUAUUCCCGAUUCUGUUGAGCCAUCAGAGCCACAGGUCAUUCAACCGGUCAUUCCUGAAAUACAAUCCGUUAGUGAACCUGCUACACAAGAACAAUCAUCAGAGGCACCUGUAGAGGUCCUGCAGCAGUCAACUGAAAACAUACCUACCCCGGCCGUUGAACAAGAACCCGAACCCAUGCACAUCCCCGAGAUCCAUGCCUCAGAACCCCAUUCUGAAACCGCACAGAUACCCUCAGAGUCACAGGCAGUACCGAGCCAGCAGCCAGAGGCACCGAUGUAUGACGCCCCAGAUGCAGUUGCUGAACCAACAGAAUCUACCACUGAACCUGCAGUACCUGCAGAGUCCAUGUCUGAUGCCCCUGUGGAGCAAGUGGCCCCAUCAGAUCCCAAAGUUUCUGAGCCGGCGGUGACGGAACCGGAGCCAGCACAAGAACAAACUCCAGCAUCUGAACCAGAAGCUAUGGAAGCUGCAGCAGUCCCAGAACCCACUCAGGAACCUUGUGAACAAGCUGUUGCACCUCCAGUGGUCCCCAGCGAACCAGCUGUUGCACCGCCAGUGGUUUGCGUCACACCGCCUGAACCAGAACCAGCAGUGCAACCAGUCAAACCUCCAGCACCAGAAGUCAACCAAAGCAAUGGCACCCCCAACGGUACCAACGGAGAAGAAGCGCCCUCACAGGUCGAUGGUGUGCAGUCUUCACCACCAAUCAGUGUUGGGUCAAAUUGAGGUCAUGUCUGUCUCCCCCUUAUCGACCAAUCACCUUUACACUAGUAGUCACAUGAUAUCUAUUUUGAAUCCUGACAAGGUAUUAGCACGGAUGAAGCAGUAAGGAUUGGCUCUUACUAGAACUCUCGGAUGUAAAUUUGGUUACGGUGGUAUAUCUAGUCAAAUCAAGUGAGUGCUGGAAAUUAGAAAACGAUUUUCAAUCAAAAUGUGCUAAUGAAUUCCCUAAUAAAGACUGUCGAACAUUCUAUCGUGUGAGGUACAGAUGAGACGAGAGAUGCUAUAGAGAAACGCUAGAUGACGGUAUCAGUUUUAGACAUGUAAAAUUUGUUUAGAGAUGUAUUGUGUUAAAGGUGGACAAUGAAGAGAGUAAAGGGAUUCUUUUAAAUGUAUCAUUGUAUAUAGUUAUAUUAAACCUUUUAAAUGUUGAUUUCUGAUUGGUGUUAUGUGAGAUAAUGUAGAUAAAGGUCAUGUGCACGAAAUGAUAGCGUACGAGGAGUAGUGUAGCUUUGAAGAGAAAAACAAGGAAUGAAGCCAAGGCUAAUGUAAAUCACAUCAACCCAUGUUUAUUCUACUUUUUUGUAAAUAAAAAUAAAAGGAAACUAUAAUACUUUGAUAUGGUUCUUUGGGUUGGGAGGACAAUCAGGAAUUUUUAAAAAGAGAUAAUAUAGCUUUUUAAUAUCAAUACCCAGAUUUUAAAGAAACAUCUUCGGAGAGAGAGAAAAAGAAUCACUUUUAUAAACAUGAAAUGUUGUAUAUGUCUGUCUAGAAAAUACAAAGUUUGCUUUUUUUAAUGCUUUCUGUUGACUGUCCCUUUUCGUUUAUUUGUAUUUUAAGACUAUUAAUCAUUUCAUGAAAUAUUUAAAUCAAAGGGAGAUCAGGUCACAUAGCUUUUAUACACAGAUUGUGAAGCUGACAUUGCUAUUCAUACUUCAUGCUUUUUAACUGCCAUUUUUGGAUUUUAGAUGUUGAUUGAUAUCCAAGAAGGGUUACCAGUUCUUAAAUUUGUUAAAUUUGAAGACAAUUUUAAUUUUUAAAUAACCAGAAUGAUACAGUGAAUCUCUUUGAAAUUGGAGUUUAGAAAAAAUAAUAAUUCCAACACAAUGCAUUUGAUGGUGGAUACCCAAAAUGUGUUUUAAAAAUCUUUGACACAAUCAUGAUCAAAGAAAUUCUUUCAAAUCAAACAGUAUUUGAUGCAAGGCAAUUGGAUUUUCCAAGGAUUCAAUGUUUAAAGAAUGAACUUAUUUAUGCAUUUGUCAUCACCCUAAUGCGGGUCAUUUAUGUUAUUCCCUUUUUUCCUUGCAUGAAUGUACUUCCUAAAGUGAAAGUAUGAUUUUUAGUCUGCUUUUAUCGCUAUUUUCGUGUUGUGUUUUUCCGCAAUUGAAUUUUUAUUUGCCUAAUACAAUUCCAAUCGUUUCAUUUUAUAUUUAAUGAUUUUGUUGUUAAUUGAUUAAGAUAUUCAUACACAAAAGCAGUGUACUUUCCAUAGAGAGAGAGAGAGAGAGGAGUGGGAUGCAAUCGUGUGUGAGAGAGGUGAUGAGAAAGAUGAAAUAGCGAAAGAGUAAUGAUUUUGAUGAUGAUGAUGAUACUGGUUCAAGAAUGUAGUUCUUUGUUCGAUAAGCUUUUCUGUAAUCCCUUAUAACUGUCGCAUGCGAUGCGGCCCGAAUAUGAUAUAUUUUUGGUAAUCGAUCGCAAUAGAAUUGAAUUCAAGCUUUUUGAAAUAUCACCUAUAUGUGUAUGCCUCGUUUAGGGUUCUCAUCAGCAGUACGGAUUCGUGAUGAAUGUGCUAUACCUGGGGAUUGUAAAAGCUCUUGUGUAAUUCACAUUAGUGUAAUUCACAUUACUGUAACAUGAAACUGUGAUAUCCCCAUUGGAAAUAUGUGCAUCGAAAUUGCAUGCACUUGUAAUUGUAACAGCCUGUUGUGUGAUUUUAGGUUACCCAAUUCGCAUGCCAGAAUAAAGGCCACAUCAAUUUCAGUCACAGUCAGGUACACGGUUAAUGUUAGUUUUAUUUUGAUCAUUUCUAAUCGUGUCACAAAUGUUCAUGAGGCAGACUUGAGAUUCCUUUUCUUUCACAGAAUUAUCUUUUUUUAGUUGCAGUUACCAAAGUUUUUUAAAAAAUUUGUUUAUAAAGUGCUAUUGUACUCCCUUAUUUUAUAGAAAUCCUCCAAUCUUCAUACACUGUCCUCUUCUGGGAAAAAGAAAGAAAAAAUACUUUUCAGGCACUUUUUUCAGUUUUCACUGUACAGUUGAAAACUAAAGAGGGCGCUACAAACAUGAAGCUUACCUCUGUGGUUAAUAAAAUAUUGUCUCUACAAUAUACAUGAGGGGUAUAUGCAUAAAAUAUGGGAAAGGAUGAUAUCAGCACAAGUCUAUUGCCUUUAUAUAUAUCGGGUGCAUGCAAUACGUGCAUUUCUGUCCUUCAUAUGCAAAGCAAAAUGGCGUAAGUCAUAAUAUUGA